AUGUCAUAAUCAGCUUUGAAGUUGAUGUUACCAUCUUACAUCGGGCAUUUGAGUUAAAAAAAGAAUGAAAGAUAUGGAAUAAUAUGCCGCUGUUUUUAUUUGCGAUACAUUAAAAAUAAAUAUGUAACAAUGUUGGGUAAAACAGUGUUUGUCACAGUUGGAACAACAAAAUUCGAUGAUCUUAUAACAGCAGUAUUAAAUCCUGCAGUUCUAGAGGCACUGUCAGCACGUGAUUAUAGACAUUUGAUUUUGCAAAUUGGCAACAGCAGUAUAGAACCGGACUGCAUUGCGCGUUGUGGUUUUCACAGUAUAGAAAGUUUUAAAUUAAGUCCAUCCAUCGGGAAAUAUAUGCAAUCAGCUGAUCUUGUGAUAAGUCACGCUGGUGCAGGUAGUGUGUUGGAAGCUUUGGAAAAUUGCAAACACUUGAUUGUAGUUAUCAAUGAUCUUCUUAUGGACAAUCAUCAAGUAGAGUUGGCAAAGCAGCUGCAUAAUGAUGAACAUUUAUAUCACUGUAUCUGUCAAGAUCUAUUACAAACUGUAAGAACAAUGGAUCUAGCAAAACUGAAGCCAUUUGUUAAUAAUAAAAGUGCAAAUAUUGCUAAUUUUAUUGACAAGAUAAUGGGAUUUAAAUGAUACUGGAAUAGUCUUAUUUUCCCACAAGAUAUAACAAGACUGACUAUUUUGUAGUAAUCUUAUAAAAGUCCAGUUGUGAGAACAAGCAGCAAUAUUUAUAUAUUUCAAUUUUUAACAUGUUUCACAAUAAGGAUAUAUAUUCCAUAGAAUCUUAUGUUAAUUAUAAUAUAUAUGUUCCAUUUAUAAUAGUACAUUAUAUACUAUAAUAGUACACUAUAUACUGAACAGUUAUUUAAAACUAUAAUUAAAUAUAGAAAAAUUUUUAACUUUGUAUCAGUGAUAAUGGCAGUUGAAGUAUCUUUUUUGGAUAAUUUAUAAAUUAUUGUUGGAUAUUUGUCACUAUUAACAUAAUUCUGCAAAAAUAUUAUGAACAAUGUUUAAAAUAAACCCAGUUCUUUAAAAAAUA